AAAAAAGAAGUGCAGAUUCUGUUGUACAGGUAAAAAUCUCAAAAACAAAACACAGUCAGAUGAUGAAAUUUCAAUGGAUAGAAAUCAAGUUAGCAGAAAUUUACAUUCGAUGAAACAAAAAAAGAAGUAUGUUACCUAAGGCGAAGUAGAGGAUGCUUGUGCUUCCCAUCCGUGUGUUUAGCUGCAGGACAAGACAACCGGUGCCCGAGCUUUGCGGACAGGGGAUGGUAAGAAAAUUGGCCAUAUUAUUACAUUCCAAAAUUAAAAAGGAAAUUAAAAGGACAAAAAUGAAAUGACAGCGUUUUCUCCUUCUUCAGUGUACAUUUAUUUGCUGCAGCCUACGGUAGCUCUCACAAAUUAUCAAAUACAUAAAAAAAGAAAAAGAAAAACAUUAAUUAUAUUAGUCGUCUCUUACAAACUUCGUUUUCCAACAAAAGGCUUCUUCUUCUCGUACUCUUUUCGCCGGCGAAGAAUAAAUAAAUACUAUAAUUUUAGCCGGAGAUGAAUCGUUUCGGUUUCCACCGAUCGGUUCAAAAUUUCAACAAAUUCAUCUUCAUAAAUGAUUGUUUAUGAUCGUUACGUGAAUUUGCUUUAUAUAUAUAUAUUUUUUUUGUUUUGAGAUAUUGGAUAAGAAUAAUAAUAAUUAUUAUUAUUAUAAAUAAAUUGGAAUUUUUUUGAUUGAUCGAUUGGUCGAUGGAGGAUUGCUCGAGCAGCGAUGAGGAUUACUACUAUUCGUCCGAUCGAGACUCCCUCGACGGGCUCGAGAAUGAGGACUCGGAUUUACAGUGGCCCCCUUCGAAGGGUCCCACUACCAAGGUUAUUACAAAAGAAUCACUUUUAGCUGCACAGAGGGAGGAUUUACGGAGAGUAAUGGACAUGCUAUCUCUUAGGGAGCACCAUGCUCGGACUUUACUAAUUCAUUACCGAUGGGAUGUUGAGAAGUUGCUUGUCGUACUUGUGGAGAAGGGAAAAGCAGACUUGUUUUCUGAAGCAGGUGUUUCUGUUGUUGAGAGUGAGGAUACAGGAACACCAGUAUCAUCUUCAUCUACAGCAAUGUGUGACAUACGCAUAGAAGAGUUACCUAGUGAUAAGAUGACAAAAAUGGACUGUGGCCAUACCUUUUGCAAUGACUGUUGGACAGAGCAUUUUGUUGUGAAAAUAAAUGAGGGUCAAAGUAGGCGCAUUAGGUGCGUGGCACACAAGUGCAUCGCUAUUUGUGAUGAAGCUGUUGUUAGAAAUCUAGUUGGUAAAAAGCAUCCUGAUCUAGCGGAGAAAUUUGAUCGUUUUCUUCUUGAGUCAUACAUCGAAGAUAAUAGAAUGGUUAAAUGGUGUCCUAGUACUCCUCAUUGUGGGAAUGCAAUACGCGUUGAGGAUGAUGAAUUUUGUGAGGUAGAGUGUUCUUGUGGUGUACAGUUUUGUUUCAGUUGCUUAUCAGAAGCACACUCGCCAUGUUCAUGUAUGAUGUGGGGGCUUUGGACCAAGAAGUGCCGAGAUGAAUCAGAAACGGUCAAUUGGAUCACUAUUCAUACAAAGCCUUGUCCAAAGUGUCACAAACCUGUGGAGAAGAAUGGUGGAUGUAAUCUUGUGAGCUGUAUCUGUGGACAAGCAUUUUGUUGGCUGUGUGGUGGAGCUACUGGGCGGGACCAUACUUGGUCAAGAAUUGCUGGUCACAGCUGUGGUCGAUACAAAGAAGAUCGUGAGAAAAAGACUGAACGAGCAAAGCGAGAUCUCUAUCGGUAUAUGCAUUAUCACAACCGUUAUAAAGCUCGUAAAGAUUCCUUUAAGCUUGAGAGUAAACUCAAGGAGACUAUACUGGAGAAGGUGUCAAUUUCAGAAGAGAGGGAAUCGAGGCUAAGAGAUUUCACCUGGGUAACUAAUGGAAUCUGUAGACUGUUUCGAUCAAGGCGGGUUCUUUCAUAUUCAUACCCAUUUGCCUUUUACAUGUUUGGUGAAGAAUUAUUCAAGGAUGAGAUGACAAAUGAGGAAAGGGAAAUAAAACAGCAUCUAUUUGAGGAUCAGCAGCAGCAACUUGAGGCAAAUGUUGAGAAACUCUCUAAGUUUUUGGAAGAGCCAUUUGAUGAAUAUGCUGAUGAUAAAGUUAUGGAGAUACGAAUGCAAGUAAUCAAUCUUUCUGUGAUCAUUGAUACCCUUUGUAAGAAAAUGUACGAGUGCAUUGAGAAUGACUUAUUGGGUUCUCUCCAAUGUAAUACCCAUAAUAUAGCUCCAUAUAAAUCAAAGGGCAUUGAGAAAGCAUCAGAGCUUGCCGUCUGUUGGAAUAACAAAGCUAGUAGUGCGACUGAUAAAUGCCUUCCAUCCGAUUGUGGCACUAGUGGCAAACGUGAUCGACCUUUCAGCUUUGCGAGUUCGGAUGACAGUGAUUGUCCACCCGAGAAGCAACCUAAAAAGGAGAGUUAUGGAGGUGGGUUCUUUGAUCUGAACCUGCCAGCAGAAGUUCUUGACAGGAAUUGAUCUCUGAUAAACUUUUUCUAGCAAGUUGGAGGGAUCAAAGCAUAUGUUCGUUAUGUGUGUCAUUUUAUUAUCAAAAGAUACAGAAUAGCCAACGACGCCGGCUCUCCAUUCAUUUCAUUGGCAAUGGAAAAACGACGCCGUCGUCACUUGUAACUAAAUCAAGUGUCAACCGACUUCUCCACUCUCACAAUUCAUAAGGCCCAAGGAAACGAAACUCCCCCUUUCCCGCCAGCAAUGAUGUCCUCAAUAUCCAUCCCAAUCUCCGUCUCCGACGAUGACUUCGACAGCCUUGGACCUCCGUCGAUGCUUCUGGCUUCAGGCCACCCCAAACCCCGCAAAAUCCGAAGCAGAGAAAACAUUUUAUAUACAAGACUAUUAUGGAAAACAAAACCAACGGCACCAAUCGUUUGGGCAACGUUUAGCAAACAGAAGAACGAGAUUCUCAUCAGAGCUUCCUUAUAAUCAUCAAGAACUGCUGGGGUCUAAUCGUACUCUUCCCUCUGUCUCCGGUU